GUUGCCUUGGUGCCCUUGCCGCUUUUUCUUCACAUAUUUGCCCUAAAGCUCAUCGAUGGGACGUGCUCAGACCCACGUACUAAGUAGCAUCCUAUCACAGACCGAUUCCUGCAGGGAUCGACAGUGAUUUGAUCUCACUUCCCUCCACUAGAUCGUCCCCGUGAGUUUCGUAGAGGGGCAACCAUACCAUCAGAUCAGCCUACGCGGCAAUUACAAUGUCGGAUGACGAGCAAAACUAUGAAGUUUUCGAUGGACGGAGUGCCGGAGGAUCCGGGACAUCCUCUGUAGCGUGUUCCACUCUGUGUAAAAAUAGGUUUGUCGUUAUUAACGGCCGGCCGUGCAAAAUCAAUGAUAUUUCAAUCGAUGCGAGUGAAUCUGCGACACGCGUGAACGGUGUGGACAUUUUCACUGGCGCGCAGCUUGAAUUGAAGUCUUAUCCUGGCGAUUUCGUCGAUGUCCCGAGCGUGGCGCUUCAUGAGUACUCGCUUGUUAAUGUUGAUGAUGGGUUCCUAAACCUGAUGAGUGCUGAUAAUACCGCAAAAGAUGAUGUCAAGGUUCCUCCUGGCGACCUUGGUUCUCAGAUUGACCACGGCUUUAAGGAGGGCAAGGACCUGUUGAUUACCGUCAUGACGGCCAUGGGCGAGCAAGCCGCCGUUAGAUUUAGGGAGGCUCCAAAAGGCUUUUAAAGAGUACUAGUGUGGUAUAUUCACUUUAUUCCUCUUUUACUUCGUUGGGGGUUUACUGCGGCCUUGGGCUUCCAAACAUUGGCAAAACAGGAGCCAUUCGUCCACCACAACCCAGCCAUGCUUGUCACCCUUCAGUCAAU